GCCGACGAUGAGCACUACAUCCCGCGAGCCGUGCUGCUGGACCUGGAGCCCCGGGUUAUCCACUCCAUCCUGAACUCCCCUUACGCCAACCUCUACAACCCAGAGAACAUCUACCUGUCUGAGCACGGAGGGGGAGCUGGGAACAACUGGGCCAGUGGCUUCUCGCAGGGAGAAAAAAUCCAUGAAGAUAUUUUUGAUAUAAUAGACAGAGAGGCUGAUGGGAGCGACAGCUUGGAAGGGUUUGUGCUGUGCCACUCCAUUGCCGGUGGAACGGGCUCGGGGCUGGGCUCCUACCUCCUGGAGAGACUGAAUGACAGGUAUCCUAAGAAGCUGGUGGAGACCUACUCGGUGUUCCCCAACCAGGAUGAGAUGAGCGAUGUUGUAGUCCAGCCGUACAACUCUCUGCUGACGCUGAAGAGGCUGACUCAGAACGCUGACUGCGUGGUGGUUCUGGACAACACAGCCUUGAAUCGGAUCGCGACAGACCGGCUGCACAUUCAGAACCCGUCAUUCUCCCAGAUAAAAGAACCCCCCCAUCCUCUCCCCCAGGUCUCCACCAUCAUGUCUGCCAGCACCACCACGCUCAGGUAUCCCGGGUACAUGAACAACGACCUCAUCGGGCUGAUCGCUUCGCUGAUCCAGACCCCUAGGUUGCACUUCCUCAGCCGCUCACCACGGACCAGUCG